AUGACUAAACAUAAAAAUCUAGCAGCACUUUGUCUCUUCCUAAGACAUUUAUCUGCUUCACUAGACUGUAAAAAUGCACAAUUGGAGUUGGCUUCUUUAAACUUGUGGACUUUAGAUUACAGCUCUGGGUCAGAGUUUUCUGGAUUUGUCUCUGAAGAUGAAAAUAUUGCAAAGAAGAAAUUGCUCUUUGCACAGCAAAGGCUUUCAGAAAACACAGACAUUUCAGAGAUGUCUGAUGUAACUGUAGAUAUCUCAGAAAAUUCUGACACAGAAUCUUUUGAUUCUAAUUAUGUUGAUCAAGUGUUAGAGACAUUGAAUGAUAGCUCAUUGUUCUUACAGUCUAUUGAUGUCAAUGAGUUGGACAAUAUGUCUGACAAUGAAAAUGAUGGUGAUGAUGAAGGAGAUAAUGAUGCUGGUGAUCAGAAGAAUGAUGAUGAUGAUGAUAAUGACGAUGAUGACAGUAACGUUGAUGAAAACUAUGAUUACUUUACUGAUUUUAAGAAUGUCAGUGACACUGAUGAGUCAGGGUUAGAUGACAAUACUCCAUUAAGUAGAUUAAAGUCUAAAUAUAAUGGCAAUGCUAGUAUUCCAAACUGCAAUACCAAUUAUGACACUGAAGAUGAUAUACCACUAGCUGCAUUACGUUCUGCUGUUCAGCCUAGCAGAUCUGUAGAUAAAUGUAUAGAAAGGGUAAGUUCUGUAAAUCAAUGUGAAAACAGUAAUUUAAAUACUCAGCAGCCGCCGAGAACUGAAAAUGAAAUUACAUGUAAUAUAGAACAGGAGAACCCGUCGUUUAUAUGA